UCAGAAUUUGUUGAAAACAGGAAACGUUUUGCAUUUGGGCAUUUUUUGUGUUUAAAAGAUAUUCAGCUUUAUACGAGUAUAGGAAAGAAAUUUUGACCGUUUAUGUUUCAGAAACUGUAACAAAUUAAAGCAGUCGUAACCUAUUAAAUAACAUAUUUGAUAAACCACACUUACUAGAUGUACUAGACAUGUACUGUACCUGCGGCAAACCUAAUUUUGUGCAAACCUAACGAAUUAUUUUAUGCGUUUAUUAUAUAAUAGAGGUUUAAGAGUUGUUUCAGAAUGAGUUUAGAAGUGGCGUGUUUAUCAUUUCGCCAGCCGUACGCUGCUUUUGUGUUGAAUGGCAUUAAAACAAUAGAGACCCGUUGGCGACCCCUUCUGGCGGAGAUGCAGAACUGCACUCUUGCGGUGCACAUCGCUCAAAAGGAUUGGGAAGGGGAAGACUGGAGACAAAUCCUGACUGAUAGACUGGGAAUGAAUUCUGUGCAAAUAGAGAAACUUCUGGAGUCUGGAGAAAGAUUUGGGCGUGGUGUUAUUGCAGGUCUUGUGGAUGUUGGUGAGACUUGGUUCUGUUCUGAGGAUGUAGCAUGCGAGGAGAUGAGAGAGCUGGAGACAGCUGCUUGCCUGAAUGAGCUCAAUCAGAAAUACCUUACACGACUCUCGAACCCACGAUGGCUCAAUGAACCUAUGUAUUCUAGGGGCCAUAAAGACGUGUGGACUGUACACAUUCCCAGUCAUCUACUGCCCUCUUCUUCUCAUCAGUAGUAGACAAUAAUGCAUGUUUGUUAGUUUAGAUUUUGUGUCUAAACUAACACAAAAAGAUUGCAGAAGAAACGAAAACACACACUUUGCAGAGCUUUGCAUUGACUGUGACAUAUACUUGUCGAUUGGAGAUUGUUGUUAAGUCGUUAAUAAACUGAUGGAUAACACCUGCUU